CGUGGCUGGGUGGCUGGCAAGUCAGUCCACACUCACCAGGUUGGAGAGGUGUACGCUCCAGCGUGCCUGCCUAAAUUUUUAUUUAUUUAUUUAUUAAGUAUUAAUAUCAGUUAGUAAUAAUAAGUGCCAAACAUGAAGGUUAAAAGUGUGGUGAGCGUACUGGUGCUGGUGCUGCUGCUGGAGGCGGCCUCAGUCUAUGCUGCUGAUGACUGGUCCUGGGGUGUUGAAUCCCCUCGCCAGGGCAAGGAUCUCAUUGACGAGGCUCCGACCCCAGGAGUAGCUACCUUCAGUGUCUCCGUCAGCCCUGAACAGGAGACCCCAGAUGGUGAGGCGGAUGAUUACUUCAUCAGGAAAACACUGGGAGAUGCUCCCCUACCUUUGGAGCCCCAUACUGCCUACGUUGUGGGUACUGCCGGCGUGGAGGGUGGCGUGGAGGGUGGCGUGGACGGUGUAGUGGUGGCAGAGGAAGGUAGCCGCGAGGGACGACUCUUGGGUAUCGGAGAGAAGCUCUGCUCGUACGGCAUCGGUAUCAAUUGUAACAAGAAGUCAGGUGCAGUGAAGGGAAAUUACGGAGCCCCACUCUACAGCUAUCCACUUCCCAAGCCUGAUUACGGAUCCCCUAUUUACAAGCCAGUCGUUCCUCAGAAUGGCUAUGGUGCUCCUCCUCCUCCUCCCGUCUAUCCCAAUAGAAAAUAUAGUUCCUCAGGAACAGGAAAGGACCCAACACAUUCUUCUUCCUUCUCGGGACUUCUGUCAGUGUUGGAGCCUUUUAUGCCGGGAUCCAAGAAGAAGAUUCCCCCUAAGCUGGGUCACGAUGCUCUCAAUCCCUCUUACACUGCUCCCAACCCUAAUUAUGCCCCGUUCUUGACCUCCUAUCACCCACCUCCCAGCCCCGUAUAUGCCACUCCUCGUCCUUCGUAUUCAACCCCCCAGUAUGUGGCACCAAAACCUGAGUACAUUGCCCCAAAGCCAGUACACGUGGCUCACAAGGCAGAUUAUGCCCCCCCCAAGCCUAACUACGCUGCGGCUCUACCAUCCUACGUCGAGCCGAAACCCGAGUACGCUGAGCCAAAGCCAGUCUAUGCCAAAGCCAUUCAGCCUACCGUAAUUGAGCAUCAUACUCAUUCCCACACACAUGUAUAUCAGGAUCAGGGAGCUCAUCACGAUGUUUAUCAAGGGCUAGGAAGUCAGCAAGUCUUUCAGCGACAGGACAUUAAGAAAGAGGCCAACUUUGGGAUAAAAAAUAAUCAUAAUCUCGCUAAGAAUCAAGGCAUCACCCAUCAGAGAGAACAACACAACUUCCAACAAGGCAUCACACAAGGCAUCACCCAACAGAAAGAGCAACACGACUUCCAACAAGGCAUCACCCAACAGAGAGAUCAACACCGUUUCCAACACGGCUUCACUCAACAGAAACAGCAGCACCAUUUCCAACUGGAGAGUGUCAGUGCUAGUGAUUCAUCAGCAUCCGUUGUCCCUGCAGUCGUUGUCAAGCAAGAAUUCCUUCCAGGCAGGAUUGAAACCGGUUUCAAGCCAAUGGCGUCAGUUCAGCAGACACUUUUCCGUCCUCUAGCUCCCACUUAUCGCGAAGACUGUCAAUGCGUCCCCAUUCCUUUCUGUGCCGACGAGGAUGUUAUCGGUCGUAGCGCCCCUGGCGAUAUUAGGGAACUUCUCGAUGCUCGUAGCAAACCCACCGACAUUUUAUCCAAUGCUACUGACAUAGUGGAAAAGCCUGCAACAAAUGUAAUUAAUGCGACCUUUGUAAGAAGAGGUAGAGUACUGGACUUAAGUGCCCAGAGUGUGAGUGAAGAAAUAGCUGAAGAUGCAACUGAAUCGGUAAUUGAGACAGAUGUAACUGAAGCAUUUACUGAAGGAGUACUGGAAGAUGCGGCAACUGAAGCAGCAACGGAAGAAGAAACAACUGAGGAAGUGACAGAAGCAGUGACAGUGAUGACUGAGGGAACGCGUGUCAGAAGAGAGACAAACAGCACAGAUGACGAGACAGCAGCAGCACACCUCUCUACAGAUGAAGAAACACAAGCACCAGACCUCGCCAGCGCUCCCAGUGAUCGUCAGGGACGUCAGUUAACAGGUUUCACUCCUGGUUCCAACGGUUGUGGGCCCAAUCAUGUGUGUUGCCGCAGGCCCGUGUACAAGCCCCGCCGUCAGAGGUACACUUGUGGGCUGCGCAACGCUGCUGGUCUCCUGGGUCGCGUCAAGACUGCGCACUUUGUUGAGGGUGACGCUGAUUUCGGAGAGUACCCCUGGCAGGCAGCCAUUCUGAGGCGCAAAGAUGGACAAAUCAUGUACCAGUGUGGAGCCACUCUCAUCGACGACAGACACGUUCUCACGGCUGCCCAUUGCAUGGAAGGGCUUCACCCAUCGCAGUUAAAGGUUCGUUUGGGAGAGUGGGAUGUGUCUGGACAGUCAGAGUUCUACACCCACGUUGAGUUGAGGGCUGCUGGCGUGUACUCUCAUCCAGAGUACUACAAAGGAAACCUCAACAAUAAUCUUGCCGUCGUCAGACUGGAAGCCCCGAUUGACUUCUCUGCAUACCCCCACAUCACUCCAGUAUGUCUGCCGGAUGAGUUUUCAGAUUUUACACACCAGCGUUGUCACGCCACUGGCUGGGGAAAGGAUGCCUUUGGUUCUGAAGGCAAGUUUAGCCAAGUGCUAAAGGAGGUGGAGCUGCCCAUCUUGGAGGACCGUCAGUGUGAGGCUACACUGCAGCAGACUCGCCUUGGCAGAGAUUUCGCCUUGUACGAAGGCAAUCUGUGUGCAGGUGGCGAGGCAGGAAGGGACACUUGUCAGGGUGACGGUGGUAGCCCCCUGGUGUGCAGAGGGCCGGAUAAGAGAGUGCAGUUGGCGGGUCUUGUGUCGUGGGGGCUGGGAUGCGGUCGCCCGGGCGUCCCCGGGGUUUACGUCGAAGUCGCCCACUACCUGGACUGGAUCCGGGACAUCACCAAGACAUAGAAAUAUAUCUCUAUGGGGAGGCACUUUCCAGUUGGUCAACCCAGGUUUCCAUGGCAGCCCUAGGCCAGGAUAAAUCUUCAACCCCUCGCUCGCUAGCAGUGUAUGCUAGUGCUAACCCUGAUGAAAUCUUCCUGUGUGAGAAGAUGUACGUAAGCAUAUUAUGCUACCUUGUACUCUAAUGUUAGAGAAUAUUACCUUACACUGUUGUUAAUAAAAUGUUAUUUUGUAAU